GUGAAAUAAAGUUGGCUUGCUCGAAGGGAAACACCGUUUUCCGUCUAAGCAUCCAGGACUUUUGUUUGCAACUUUUGUCAAAUUCCGACUGAGGAUAUCAUAGUCAUCUCUGCAGAAGUUUAAUAUAAACAAAAAUAAAUAAAUAAAUAAAUAAAUAUACAAAGCAAAUAUGAAAUACACAGUUUAUGGACUGUUGAUUUUGCAGAUUACUUUGGGCUCAUUAGAAGUUUCCUCGACGAGUGCUGAUCACAAAGUACUGUUGUUAACUGAAUCAGAGACCAACAAAAAUGUUUUGGAUACAAAAACCAACGAAAAUGAAGGAAAUACGAGCAAACGAGCAGCGAGAGCUCUAACAGCCAAUCGAAACUCUUCCUCUAUUCAACAAGGCGUCAAGCUCCUUUUUCAAAAUCAAGUAUUUGUGCUUCCUGAACCGGCUGCUGAAGAAGACGCCGUUGAAAUCCAAACCACACCAACAACGCAAUCAACAACUGCAGCACCAACUACCACAACAACGCAAACAACAACUUCAACACCAACUACCACAACAACAGCAACAACAACUACCACAACAACAGAAUCGACAACGUUAACACCAACUACCACAACAACCCAAUCAACAACGUCAACACCAACUACCACAACAACCCAAUCAACAACGUCAACACCAACUACCACAACAACCCAAUCAACGCCAUCAACUACGUCAACAACGCAAUCACCAACAUCAACACCAACUACCACAACAACCCAAUCAACGACAACAAAUCCAACUACCACAACAACCCAAUCAACAACUGCAGCAACAACUACGACAACAACGCAAUCAACAACAACAACACCAACUACCACAACAACCCAAUCAACGACAACAGAUCCAACUACCACAACAACCCAAUCAACAACUGCAGCACCAACUACGACAACAACGCAAUCAACAACAUCAACACCAACUACCACAGCAACCCAAUCAACGACAACAUAUCCAACUACCACAACAACCCAAUCGACAACUGCAGCACCAACUACGACACCAACGCAAUCAACAACAUCAACACCAACUAUCACAACAACUGCAACACCAACUACCACAACAUCGCAAUCGACAGCAGCAGCCCCGACUGAUGCUCCCACCAAGUACCCAUGCCCUUCGCAUUUAUCACGCCCAAAAUAUCCACUGCAUCGUGCAGCGCCAGCACGUCCAAUAUACGCACGCUAUGAUACCAAAGUCGUGCGAACGCAACCUUCAGUUUAUCAUUAUCCCAGGAUGUCAGCGGUAGAUAAUUGCUUCCAGGUACGGGAUAAUAGAGGUAUUGCGCGCACAGUGUGCUAUCCACGACAAGCAGCGUUGAACCAAGCUUCAGUAAGUCGGAUAGUUAGGCCUCCAGUGGCUCCGCCUGUUGCAACACAGCGUUGUUAUGGUCAACGCUGCUUCGGGGGUCUUGCCGUGGCCCGACAACCGGUUCGAUUCUCAACACCAAUAAGAAAGCCUUCAUAUCGUGUGCUUCAGCCACGUACCUCCUACUACGGCUAGUCGGCGUUAAUAAAGUGUAGAAUAAUUUUAGAUCUAUUUAGCUGGUAAUUUCCGCAUUCUUUAAUCGGGUUCGGAACACUUUUG